AUGAAUGGUUAUACAUCAUCUUUUAUCCACACUAUCAUUGGCAUUAAACUAAGUCAAUAUCGAAAAAAGAAUAAUGAUGUUAUACAAUCACCACAAACUGGAUCUGAUGUUAAAAAACGAAUGUAUGUUGAAAUACCAUUUAUAGAAAAUGCUACUAAAGAAUUUAGAAAUAAAAUAACGCAUUUACGCAACAAACUCCGACCAGAUCUAGAUAUCCAAUUUCUCAUGAAACUACCACCAGCUGUACAAAUGUUAUACCAAACCAAAGAUCCUAUUGACAAGAAAAUGAAAUCUGAUGUCGUUUAUUCAAUCAAAUAUGCCAAAUGUCAACAUUCGUACAUUGGUAAAACAGGAAGUCAAUGUGUUAAACGAUUACAUGAACAUGGUGCACCAAAGUCAUCAUCAGGUCAACAACAACAACAACAGCAGCAGAAAGACAAUGUCACCGAACAAACUGAUAACAUCAUAGAAUUAAACAGAUCUGAUCGUUUAAAAGCAAAGUCAACAACGACAACAACAACUAUAACAAGCUCACCCGUCAUUAAAGAAACAACAUCUGCAGCUCAACAACAUCAAAUCGAAACAGGCCAUUAA